AUCCUGAAAAGUUUGAUACAAUCAUAAACCAGAAUGAUCAUCAUUUUGGAAAACUUGCUUAUCUAUUAUCAAGAAAAAUGGCCAAAUGGUUUUUUGAGAUUUAUAAACAAUCAAACUUUAUUUCUCACUAUUUUGAAAAGCCAGAAUUUCUAACAUCUAAGGAAGAGUAUUUGGUAGUGCAAAUUACGUCUACUAUAUAUAUAUUUGUUUAUGUUCUUAUCACCUUAUUUCAAUUAAUUG